CUGGGGGGGCCUGCCGCAAGAGGCACCGCUGCUGGAGGUGCUGGAGCUGCUGGUCUUGGAGGUGCUCGUGCUGGAGGUGCUCGUGCUGGAGGUACUAGAGCUGCCGGAGCUGGUGGUGCUGCUAGUGCUGGAGGUGCUGGAGGUGCUAGAGGUGCUAGAGCUGCUGGUCUUGGAGGUGCUCGUGCUGGAGAUACUGGAGCUACCGGAGCUAGUGGUGCUACCGGUGCUGGUGGUGCUGGUGGUGCUGGAGGUGCUGGAGGUGCUGGAGCUGCUAGAGCUGCUGGACCCGGAGGUGCUCGUAUUGGAGGUACUGGAGCUGCUGGAGCUGGUGGUGCUGCAGGCGCUGGAGCUGGAGACCCUGGAGCUGGAGACCCUGGAGCUGGGGGUGCUGGAGCUGUCGGUACUAGUGCUGGAGGCACUGUGCGGCCGCGACUGUACUUCUGUUGA